GGACCUGCCACGCCGAUCCCGGCGGGCAGGGGGGCGGCGGGCGCACUGCCGGGCCGUGGCCGGCUGUGCUCACAGGUGGGCGGCGGCGAAGGCGCGGCGGAGCGGUGCCGGGGUCCAGGAGACUCCAGCCGUCACACCGAGAGCCCCCCGGCUCCGAGCUGGGCAGACGCGUCCGCGCCUCGGGAGGAAACGGCCGUUCUCCCCUCCACCUCGGCCUUUCUGGCUGCAGCUGCACCUCGGCCCUGGAGCGCAGGUGGAAAUCGUGACACAGAAGGGCAGUAUGAAGCCAGUGAAGACAAACAAAGCGGAAGAACCUGAAUUGGAGCCCCUGUGCUGCUGCGAGUACAUAGAUCGAAAUGGGGAAAAGAACCACGUGGCUGCCUGUUUAUGUGAUUGCCAAGAUCUCGAUGAAGGGUGCGAUAGAUGGAUUACAUGUAAAUCCGUGCAACCAGAGACUUGCGAAAGAAUCAUGGAUACUAUUUCCGAUCGCCUCCGAAUUCCUUGGCUUCGGGGAGCCAAAAAAGUUAACAUUAGCAUCAUCCCCCCACUCAUCCUCCUGCCCGUCUUCCUCCGCGUGGCUUCCUGGCAUUUCCUCCUGGGGGUGGUGGUUUUGACCUCCCUUCCUGUGCUGGCUCUGUGGUACUACUACCUCACUCACAGAAGGAAAGAACAGACUCUGUUUUUCCUGAGCCUCGGACUGUUCUCUCUGGGCUACAUGUACUAUGUAUUCCUGCAGGAAGUGGUCCCCAAAGGGCGUGUGGGGCCUACUCAGCUGGCUCUUCUUACCUGCGGGUUGUUUCUGAUACUCUUAGCCUUGUACAGAGCCAAGAAGAAUCCAGGCUACCUCAGAAAUCCAGCAAGCAGUGACAGAUCUCUCAGCACCAGCCAGGCUGAAUGCCUGAACAGAAAAGGGCAGAAGACCAAAGGGUUCCCUGGCGCAGAAACGUCUGGCAGUCUCAACAACCGCACGCCGAAGGAUGAUCCCAAGGGCUCUUCCAGGGCGCUGGCUGGAAGCCCCACUAAGGUCAAGGAGGACUGGUGUGCCAAGUGCCAGCUGGUGCGACCAGCCCGGGCGUGGCAUUGCCGGAUCUGUGGCAUCUGUGUGAGGAGAAUGGACCACCAUUGUGUCUGGAUAAAUAGCUGUGUUGGAGAAUCAAAUCAUCAAGCAUUUAUACUUGCCCUUUCGAUCUUCUUGCUCACCUCGGUGUAUGGGAUAACACUGACCUUGGACACCAUUUGUAGAGAUAGAAGUGUCUUCACAGCUCUCUUCUAUUGUCCCGGAGUUUACGCAGAUUACAGCUCAGCGCUGUCCUUCACCUGCGUGUGGUACUCUGUGAUCGUCACGGCAGGCAUGGCCUACAUCUUCCUCAUCCAGCUGAUAAACAUCAGUUACAACGUCACUGAGAGGGAAGUCCAGCAGGCCCUUCGACAGAAGACGGGGCGCCGGCUCCUCUGGGGGCUCAUCGUGGACACAGGCCAGUACAACCGGGGCUUCCUGCGGAACUGGUACCAGUUCUCCACCCUGGGCGCCCACCCCUUCCACCACCCUGCCGAGGACAUUGUCUGAAGUGCCUUCCGUGUGGCUCUGCGAGGGGCAGCCCCUCCCUCUGCUCCCUCCCACUGUACACUUCAGUGUCCACACAGGAUGUUCGUUUUUACCCCCAGUUUCUUAAAGGCUGUACGGGGCCAUGCUCAGGUUUAGACAUUGGACUGGGAAGAAAUGAAUUUUCCUGACUUCACCCUAAGAGAUUUUUAUAUCGAAGCAGUAAAAGUAGAGCCAUUCUUUUCCAGUCACCUUGUUAACUAACUCCGUCACCAUGUGGAAGAGGAUGUGGAUUGCUAGUGCACAGAUUGACAAAGCAGUUCCCAUCUGUUAGUAGGCGGGAGAGUUUGGAUUGGGGUAGUUUCCAGGCCCUCUUUCAAUUCCUGAUAGCCAUGUGACCCUUAGUUGAGUCACCUCCUCAAGUCUCAGGUUCAUCUGUAAAGUGGGGGUACUAGUGCCUACCCUGGCUCACCACACAUUCGUGAGGGUCAUGCGCGGGAUGAGGUAUGUGGACGGCACUGGAAAAUGACUAAAGCACUCAACAGGUAUGAAGUAUUAUUAGGAAAAUUCUAAGACUGAGAAAACUGUUUAUAGAUCAGAAUGUUGAAGCCAAAACUAUCAGAGUAAUCCACUUUCAGCAUUUUAGAAUGAAAGAUCCUGAAAUACCACAUUGUAUAGUUACGGUAAUUUCACUCUCUGAAGUAUUAGACAUUAACUACCCAAACGAGGUAGAGGACGACCAGAUAGAUGUAGACACUCAUCUGAUCUUGAAGGGACAGUUGAUAACAGUUACAAUUCCUGGUAGUGUAAUAUACGCUGGUCAUGAGUUUAGGUGAUGAGUCCUUAUUUUUUUAUCUUAUUUCUUAUACAUUUAUUCUGUUUGGAUUUACUCUACAUAACUCCAAACUCUAGUAGGCAUUUCUGGUGUUUUCCUCUUUUCCAUGUUUCACCUGAGAAGGUGCUAGAGCACUUAGGAUGAGGCUGGAAGAGGAGAACAGACACCCUCGUGGGGAGCAUUUUACCCUCUUUCCUGGGUAGGGUGGCUGGUUAAUAUCAAGGGCUUGAUUUUUUUUUUUCGUGUAAGUAAUUCAAACACUGUCAGUUAUAGCACUGGGUUGCAAAAGCCGGUCUAUGGCAUUCACAUUCUUCUGGCAUGAACUCUCUGAGGAAUUGAUUGACAUUUCUUACUUGCACAUGACUUCUCAUUCACCGUUCCCUAGACAAAAGUAUCUCACUUGGAGAGAAGAAACAGGGUAUAUGUGGUUUCCACUAAUUAAUGGACCACGGUUCCUAGCUCUUCCUAAAAUAAUAAGUUGUCUGUUUAAUCAUAUCUUAAAACUGAAAAUGUAUAGAAUAUUAAAUAUUUAUAGAGAAUAGGUCUUGUCUGCCAUAGAUUAAGAUGAGGCAAUCUUGGAAUGGGGGAAAUACCCUCUUGAAAUGUUUGGUUUUAUAAGUGUACUUAUUUUGCAAUCCCAAAGAAAAUUCAUGAGUCCUUAAAUUUGCUUUGGCUUAUAGCUUCAUAUAGGGGAAAUAUUGCCAGCUUUUCCGUCUUUCUGUGCAUGCUGCCGUAGUAAGAGGUUUAUAAAUGUCGAGAGGAAAUACUGCUACUUCCUGCAACUCUUCCCUCUGCAGCUGGCACCGUCCCUAGUUCUGCCAUGGAACGAAGCUGUCCUUAAGACACUCACUCACCACAUUUUUAUACAGUCUUGUCGCUGUCACUGCUCUCCCCAGAGAUGGAUUGUUUAACCAGUGAGAGGCUCCGUAUUCCCCUGGGACGAGCCAAAGAGCAAGUCUGGGGAUGUUAGUCUGUGGUUUCUACAGUGAUGCCCUGGUGCUGGCCCAGAGUCAGGCAUUCGUUUGGAGUUAACGUUGGAUCUGAUAGGACUUUUCUGCGUAGGUUUGAGAGAGUAAUAAUGUCAAGGACAGCCCCUGUGGCCAGAAACCUCUAGUUGUGGUCUCUUGAACAUCAGAUGUGUAGGCAACUCUGAUUGUCUAGCAGUUGAUGAUAGAAUUCAUAGAAACAUUAGCAUAGUUGGUAAUUUGACACUCUUGUUAAAUCUUUGACAGCCAUCAAAAUCGGCCACAAUAAAGAUGAGUAGUCCCCGCGAGACCAGGGUCAUGUGGGAGGAUUGGGAGCGACUGCCAUCUUCAUAGCCACACAGCCCUAGAGUUGACCCACACCUGCAGGGUUCCUUGUAUGCGAUUCUGGGUGGUGGGAACUAAGAUGCUUGUUUUAAGUUCCUUGAGAUCUUCAUGAUGGGCGUUUUUCAGAAGAAAGCUCAAACUUUUGAAAACUUUGGUGUUUUGGUGGGGGUACAAGCCUGCUGAAGUAUUUGCACGAAAAGGAGCAGCAAACAAGGGGCUGUUUGUGAGCAGGGUUUCUCCAGGCCCUCGGACACCCUUAGUCUACACUCCUAGAUUCUUACACCUUGUUAUGACCUGGAACUAUUAGAGGGAUUUAUUUUUUUCCCUUUAAAGGACAAGGCCUCUGUGAACAAAUGAGUUCCAGAGAUACAUUUGGUGACAGUGGCCGUGGUCUGCACGGUGUAUAAACCAGCAGUUUGUUGGCCAUAGAGGCAAGCACCCCCCCACCCCCCGUCCCCCCAUCCCCACAUCCUCAGCCUGUUAAUGAACAUAUUGGAUACGGAGCUUUGUAAAUGAGCCACUAUAUCCUGACCACUCACAUAACAGGCAUGCCAUUGUGUACCAUUCCUAGGGAAGAGAGGUGAGUCCAUUUGGAGGAUUUAAGGGGAAGAAGUAGUUAAGGAUCAGGAUUGCGUGAAAGGAAAAAGUCCUUCAGUAUUUAAAAUGUUUUUUCUGAUAUCCAAAGAGUACCUUGUUCAGGCAGGGCCCACCUGAAAUGAAUUGACCCUUAACAAGCCUUACAUGAGUUUUAGGGACAUUGCUGCUCACCUCACCUCAGCCACCUCUGCAUCUGCUUAUGAUGCUGGAGAUCUUUGCCAUUCAAGUAGUGUCAUCCUUUGGUGAAUGAAGUAAUUGUUCUCGUCUAUUGUGCCACCUGCCUAGUGGAAAGACUGCUACAAACUGUCUCUUAUGCAAUAGCCCUUGGUACUUCUAAUAUUUUUAGUAUGAGAAAAUUUUCUAUACUAGAAUCUUCCACUGCCAGAAAACAAUGCCAGUAAGGUUCUCUGGAAUACCGACCAUCUGCUUAAUAGACUAUAUUUCCUUUGGGUAGGAAAUUAGCUUUUUAUUGCAAAACUAAUAUAAGCAAAAAUACGACAUCUAGAAGCACAGUCUUAACCAGGAUGUUUAACCAUGUUUUGUGAGCUGUAAGGGUCUCUCUAAACGAGGUAAGUAGGUUUAUAAGACUUCAUUUGAGCCAUAUUUUGGUCCCCUGCAUUUGAAUAGAGAGAAUUUCCUCAGACAAGCAUGGAUGAUAGAGACUUCUGCUUGCAGCACCUGUGUGGAAUCUGGCGUCCUCGGCAGCAGCAUGGCAAGCAUGCCAUGUUCUAUCAGACACUGCGGACGCGGUGGCGCGGGGUGCGGGGAGGGAUGAGAACUAGGCUUAGUGCUGGAUAAAAUCCCCCGUUCUCCCGGGUGUUUGCUGCGAUGAAUAGAAACUUGUUGCACGAACCGUGAGAUCAUGACCUGAGCCGAAGUCGGACGCCCAACCGACUGAGCCACCCA